AUGGGUAGCACAUUCAAUAAAAAACAGGGUUCUGUUCAAGCACCUCCACAAGCGGGUGUUCCUUAUCCAAGUUAUAUGCCACAACCUCAAUAUAUGCCACCACCUCAAACUAUGCAACAACCUCAAUUCGUACCGCAGCCACAAUAUAUGCCACAACCUCAGAUGGUUCCACAGCAACCUGUUCAAUAUCGACCACAAACGUUUCCAGCUCAACCACAAAUGUAUCCACCUCAAUCACAAAUGUUUCCACCUCAAUCACAAACAAAUGUUCGACCACCAUAUCCAAGUGGAUCUACGAUGCCACGUCCUCCUGCUCCAUCACCUUAUUCGUCACCAAGUAAUCUAAAUCCACUAGCAUUGUAUGAAAAUGAUAUGCUUCUUGCAAGUUUAACUGGUUGGACUAUUGAUGAUAUUGAACGAUUACGACAAGAAUUUAUAGGCUAUAGUAAUCCUAUGGGUGUUAUUGAUCGUGAAGGUUUUCGUAAACUUUAUGUUGCAUCAUUAUUAAAUAUGUCAUGGCAAAAUGUUGAACUUGAUUCUGAAAUGGCUUUUCGUAAUUUCGAUGUAAAUCAAACAGGUUCAUUAGAUUUUAAUGAAUAUAUUACUGCUUGUUCACGGAUGAGUCGAGAACUUAAUUCACCAGUAUCAUCACCACCGAUGAGUCCGCCUUAUAUUUAUUAA